CGCAGCGAUCAGACAGAAGUGAAAUAACCAGCUGGAGUUUAAUAAUCUCAUUAUCCAACAGCAACAUAAUGAAGAGCUUUCUUCUACUCAUCCUCUCACUGAUGAUAACAGGCUGGGAGGCCUCAUCUGAAGUGAAGGGAUGCACAGAUGGAUGGGUGGAAUUCAUCUGCCAGCAUAACCCAACUCAUCAAUAUCAAAGUGUUGAUGUAGUUAAGAACAGCCAAACAAUCAUACGAAGUACUCGAAAGAAUGAGUGGCAGACCGAGGGCAGAUUUUCUGUUUACUAUGAUGCAGCAAAUAGAAAGCUCAGAGUGGUCAUCAAACCACAUCAACAUGGGGACUCUGGGAAGUACAAGUGUACAUUUAAAUUUGAAGGAAAAUCUGAAAGUGAUAAAGUGGACUUGAGAGUUGAUAACGGCUGCCAGACACCAUUUAAUCAAACUGCGUACAGAACAGCUAAAACCACCAUCUCAUGUAACAAAAGAAACUCCACAGUCAUGUUUUUCUGCAAAGAGAACGGUUCAAUCUGUGAGGAUAUUUUAUCAACAAAAUCUUCUCUGAAGUCAAACGGGUCCUUCACUCUCACAGAGACCAGUAGUAGCUUCAACAUGUCCAUCAGUAAUGUGUCCUCACAGCAUGCUGGGGUCUACUGGUGUGGAGUGGAAACAGAUAAAGGAAGUAACAGAGCUGCACUCAGAAAAAUACAACUGGAGGUUAAUGAUACUAUUACUAGCUUCACUAGGUCUCCAACUGUUGGACAGAAUCUCACAUACUGGUGUGGAUAUCCAAAGGGUACUCCGAUAAAAAAAUUCAUCUGUAAAGGAGAAGAUCCAUCUAUAUGUAAACAGAUAGUAAGCACGCAACAGAGUAACACUGGAAAGUAUUUUAUGAUGGAGGACAAAGAAAGGAUAAAUAGCACCAUAACAGUGAGAAACGUAACAACAGAAGACUCUGGGACAUACUGGUGUGGAGCAGAAAGAAAUGACCCGAAACAGAGCAACCUAUUCUUCCACAAACUUGUGAUGACUGUCGUGACUCGAACUACAUCAAGUCCUGGGGCCUCCUCGUUACCUGGAACCAUAUCUGGGGUCGUCUGUGUGGCUGUGCUGCUGGUGCUGCUCAUUUUGGUUCUCGUCUGGAAACGAUUUCAGCGUUCAAAAGACACAAAAAAUGGAGAACAGAACAAUGAGGAUGGUGUCUAUGAGGAGAUACAGGAGCGCCCCCAGAAGCCAGACUCAGGAACUGCACUCAGCACUAUUUAUGUCACAGCCAACGCUCCCACAAACCCCUCUGCCUCGCAGCAUUACUCCACGGUCAACUUUCCCAACAGCUAUGGAGAAGCUAGUGGUGACACAUAUUCUACUGUGUGGGACAGCGGCCAUAGUCCCACCCACUCUGCUGUCAAUCAUCCAUCCAGACUUCCUGAAGACCCUUUCUAUUCUACUGUCAACAACCCACAGCAGCACUGAGACCAGUCCUGACACUCUUCACUUCAGUUUUUUAAUGGGACAUUAUUUGAUCACACCAGGCUUCAGAAUUCAGGAUUCAUGACAUUGUUCACUUUGUUUGAUUCAAGGUUUAGUCACAGGGCUUCACUGAUAUACACAAAGUUACCAGCCCUCUAACCAGCACUACAGUUCAAUACAACAUGUCCAACUACCACCUCAAUAAGGACCACACAACUCAAUCAACACCUCUGAUCUAUAUUCAUUAAUAAUAAGAAGAGUUAAUCCAGGACAGUUGGAUUAACAAGAAAGUCAUCACAAAUGGUACCACUUCUUAACCUGACUCCGCCAGAUAGAUUGCUUCGCAUUUGCUCGGCAUAUCCAUCUGGGAACUUUCC